AUGAGUGAUGAAGAAAAACCAAUUAAUAAAAAUGGCACAGAUUUAGAUGAAAAUGGCACGGAUAUACAGAAUGGGAAGGAAGCAGAUAAACAAAUUAAUCACAAUGAGGAAAAUAUCGAAAAUAAUGGCCACCACAAUAAUGAUAACAAUAACAACAACAAUUUUACACACAUAGACACUGAUUCAGAUGAUGAGGAAGAUGAACCGCCUAAACUUAAAUAUUCAAGAAUUAACUUACUACCUCCUAAUUUUUUCAAUAAAGAUCCAUUAUCAGCUUGUUUUUUCCAAGACAAAUACUUUAUAUUUGCAACCCAUUCAGGUAUAGUUCACAUAUGUACGUCACAAUUUGAAACAAUACGAACAUUUAAAGCUCAUAGAGCUUCAGUAUUAAGUGUAUAUACAGAUGGAGCAUUUUUUGCAUCUGCUUCAAUGGAUGGAACAGUAGUAAUAGGAUCAAUAUUAGAUGAAAAAGAUAUAAUUGCAUAUGAUUUUCAAAGACCAAUUCAUUGUAUAGUGCUAGAUUCUAAUUUUGCAACUAAAAGAUGUUUUAUAACUGGUGGAAUGAGUGGUAAGGUCAUUUAUUCAAGUAAAAAUUGGUUAGGUAAAAAAACAGAUUAUAUAAUAGAUCAAGAAAAUGGACCAAUUGUGGGAUUACAAAUUGUUGAUGAUUUAAUUAUAUGGAUGAAUGAUAAAGGUAUUAAUGUUUUUCAUUUAGCUAAUAGAUCUAUUAUUCAAAUUUUAGAAAAACCAAGUGAUAGUGCAAGAAAUGAUUUAUAUUGGCCAAGAUGUACACAACCAGAUCCUGAUCGAUUAAUUAUAGCAUGGAGUAAUUAUAUAUGGUCAUUAAGAAUAUCAUUAAAAACUGCAGAAGAUAAGUUAUUACAACAAAAGACUCAAUCACCUAUAUCAUCAGGUAUGAGUAAAAUUUUACCAUCUACUGCAUCAAUAUCUUUUAGAAAUAUUCAAGAGAAAAAAAUUGAAAUUGAACAUAUUUUCAAAUUAGAUGAUUUGAUAUGUGGUAUAGCAAGUUUUAAAGACGAUUUAUGGAUGGUAUUAACGUACAAUCCACCAAUAAGAGAUGAAGACAAUAGUCAAAAACCAAUGUACAAUAAUCCAGAUUUAAAACUAAUAAAUUCAAUGAAUGGAGAAGUUGAAUUUGAAGAAGAAUUAGGUUUGAGAAAUGUUGAUAAUUUAGGACUCAAUGAUUUUAAUUUAGGUUUACACAUUGAACAAAUUCCCAAAUAUUAUAUUAUUAGUGCGAAAGAUGGAGUUAUUACCGAAGAAUAUCAAUUACAAGACAGAUUGAAUUGGUAUUUGGACAAGGAAGACUAUUUAAAAGCUUAUGAAAUUAGUGGACAUUUAGUAGGUUUUAACAAGAGAUUAAGUUAUGGUAUACAAUAUGUUGAUUCAUUAGUUAAAGAUAAUGAAUGGACAAAAGCUAGUGAAUUUUUGAAAACUUUGUUACCAGUUGAAGAAGCUCAAGUUGAAAAUGAAAUUGAAGACGAAGAAGAGAGAGAAAGAAAUGAAGAAAUAUUAAGUCAAUGGCAAACUUGGUCAAAUAUUUUUAUUAAUAGUGAUCAUGUUAAAGAAUUGACUGGUAUAAUUCCCCAAACUGAUAAAAUACCCAAAGAAAUAUUCAACAAAAUUCUAGAUUAUUGGAUUGAUCAAGAUACUGAAGUAGUUAAAAAGUUGCUUGACGAAUGGUCAAUUGAAUUAUAUGAUUUUGAGAAAAUUGAAUCUGAAUUAGACAAGAAACAAGAUGCAAAUAAUUUGGAUACAAGUAUUGAAAGUGCAUUGAUCACAAUAUAUAAUAAAUCAUUACAGCCAAUCAAGUCUGUCCCACAUUUAUACAAAUUAAAAAACGACUCGAUUAUAGAAUAUUGUGCUACUAAUCAUAUCUUGAAGAAUUUCAUUACUCAAUUGCCAAACUUUAUAAAAUUAAAAUUUACCAACAUUGAGGAUAUAAAUACAAUAUCAAUUGACAAAAUUUCAGAUAAAUUAGAUCCAAUAAUAAACAUAUUAAUUGAUUCCAGAUUAGAAAUACUACCUCAAGAAAUUAUUGAAAUUUUCCAAAAUGCAAAUUUAUCAAUUAUCAAUUAUUUAUAUUUGAACAAAUUAAAAUCAAUUGAUAAUUACCUUAUUUCCAAUUUCCAGAAUGAAAUAAUAAGAUUAUAUUGUGAAUUUAAUAAGAAAUUAUUAUAUGAUUUUUUAAUAUCAAAUAAUAAUUAUAAUGUUGAUGAAGCAAUAAAAUUAUGUGAAAUAAAUGAAUAUUAUAAAGAAUUAAUAUAUUUAUUAGGUAAAAUUGGAGAAAAUAAAAAAGCAUUAGAUUUAGUAAUAUCUAAAUUAAAUAACCCUGAAAUGGCAUUUGAAUUUGUUUAUAAAUUAAAUGAUAAAGAUGUUUGGUUACAAUUAAUAAAUAAAUCAAUUAAUAAAUAUAAUUUUUUAAAAAUAUUAAUUGAAAAAUCAGAUGAAUCAACUUAUAAAUUUUAUGAUCCAAUUUUAAUAUUAACAAAAUUAGAAGAUAAUAAUAAAGAUAUUAAUGAAGAAGAUAGGAAAAAAAUUUUAAUAAAUUUAAAACAAAGUAUUAUUGAAUUUAGUAAAAAUAAUCAAUUAAAUAAAUUAAUUCAACAAAUUAUAUUAAAAUUAAUUUAUACUCAAUCUCAAGAAUUAUCAAUAUUUUAUAGGAAUGAAAUUUUAAAGGGAAUUGAAAUUGAUAAUAUAUAA